CUCAUCUGCAGAUAUCACAUUCAUCAUGUCAUCUCGAAAGUAUUUUAACACAAUCAGAAUCAUCUAUAAGAGAUUCAAUGGUUUACGAUGACUCAAAGAUGGAGAAUGAGCAUGAACAGACUGAUACGAAUGGUGAAUAUGAAGGUUUCCAUCAGUCUAGUUUAAGCGAUCCAUCAAUUCCGUUUCAAGAACUACCUAAUCCAUAUUAUAAUAAUACCUUACCUUAUAUUGUCCCUUACCCUUAUAAUAGCUACUCAUCAAACAAUGGCGGUAAUUGCCCCAAGCAAAAUCUAUAUUCACUCUUUUAUCCUAGUCCAACUGAUCUACCCAGCUGUUCUUCUAAUCUAUUAUCUCAUGAGGCCAAUGAAACAGACGACAUUCGGUAUGUCAAUCCAAGCAAUACAAUCCAUACAAAGGGACAAAAUAGUGAUAACAAUACGAUUGGAACUAGUCCAAGCAACUAGCUAUUAAAAUGUUUUUU